AUUAAUAGCAAGAAGAAACACUGCAUUGUUGCCAUCCUCUUGGCUCAAACUCCACCGAGAAUAUUCCCCUUUCUUCAACUAAAACCCAAAAGGAGAGGAAUGAAUCAGAAGCGUACUCGAGCCUGAGAGUGAAAGGUCAAAACUAAUGAUAAUGCAUGUACAGUGUACUUGUAUCUCCCGGUGUGCAUUCUCAGUCACAUUCAGGCCCUCUGUAGCUGAACUGCAGCGUCUGCUGUUUCUGAAGCGUUUUAGCUAUCCAUCUAUGAUCUACGUACAGACGCUUGCUUUACCCCUGGCACUCCGCGUGACCGGCCGCCUGCAAGUAAACUGUGUGCCAACGUUGCAGAGUUUUGAGAAAAUUCUUUGAAGAGGACGAAGUUUGUUGUUGAAGCAAUGAAGUACAGGUUUGGCUAGACGCCUGAAUACAAAUUUAAUCUUGAGUUGUUUUUGGGUCUCAUUUUCAUUGACUGCCUAAAACCCGUCAAUACCGGCUGGAAGUGGUUAGGUUUGAGGCUAUGGAAGUUCGUUGUGAAUGGAACGAAUGCCCCAGCACAUUCACGGAUAUGGCUGACCUACCUGUUCACUGCAGAAAGCAUAUCAAUGAAUUCCACCCUAUGCCCAGUGACGCCUAUCUAAGUCAGACUGCAUUACUGGACCUGGGUGAUGAUGACGAUGAGGAGCAGCUCACUGGCAGCGUCAACCUGCGCUGCCUGUGGAGGGACUGCCAGUUCAAGGCCACGUCUACGUUGGAGCUGGCCUUGCACGUCGGCUUUCACCCGCAGCACUGCGUCCUGAAGGCACUGGGCGCCGCGCACCAGCAGAAAAGCGGCCUGCACGCGUGCUCUCUCAGCGUGGAGACACGCAGUGUUAUUCCUGACAUUCCGGCGCCGUAUGCGUGCGGCUGGGAGGACUGCAACCAGGAGUUCAGAGAGCCAAUGCUGUUCUACCGGCACAUCAAAGAUCACAUUGCAGCAACGCCACGCUUAGUGCGGCCUGACGGAGAGCCGGGAAUCCGCCGCUAUGUUCCCUGCGGUUGGACAGGCUGCUCUCAACAGACUUUGAACCGCACUCGGCUGAGCGAUCACGUUCGUACGCACACUGGCGAGCGAGUCAUUGCCUGCCCCGUGUGCGGAGGAUUGUUCAUUAACGCCACUAAGUUCAGUGAUCAUCUUACUCGUCAAGUCACCACUGAUACUGCCUACUACCAAUGCUCACAUUGCUGUAAACGACUGCAGUCGGAACGUCUCCUCCGCGAUCACAUGCGACAGCACGUGAAUAGCGUGCACUGUCAGUUAUGUAGCAUGACGUGUCCUAGUCCAGCCGGCCUGCGAAAGCACAUGUUUUUCAAGCACACGUCCGAUCGACCUUUCUGCUGCAAUUUCUGCACCUACAGAGCGAAGACACUUGUGGAUAUGCGGCGCCAUUCUGAAAAGCACAAUGAGAAGAGUGCGUAUGGCUGCCCAGAGAGCGGCUGCUCGUUCGAGUCGCGGACGUACGCGUCUCUCCGUCACCACUACAACCGUGUCCACCGUGAGGGCAAGGACACGCAGCCGAAGAAGUUAUACUGCUGCCAGGUGUGCCACCGCACGUAUCGGCGCGGCCAGGACCUGACGCGCCACCUGAUGCGCAAGCACCACUACAAGCACCCUCCGUCGCACAAGCGCUUCCGCUACAUGCGCGGCGAGGACGGAUUCAUGUACCUGCAGCUCAUCCGCUUUGAGUCGGCCCUAGCCACGUCCGUAACCGCGGCGCCCGCGUGGAGCGAGCGGCAGCCCCAGGACGGCGCCGAGUAUGCUGUUUCUGACGGCCAGCCUGGCGAGGAUGAACAGUAUGAGGACUGGGAAGAAGGUGAUGAGUACGCCGAUGAGGAUGAGGAUCUCCUCUACGAGGAAGAAGACAUGGAGUAUGAAAUGGAGGACUACGAGGAGUAUUCACCGACUUCUCCGAACACCGAGGUGGUUCAGACGUCACCAGUGCAAGCACAGGAUGGUAGCGAAAUACUUGACUCAGUAGGUACCCAGGACAGCCAAGCAGCCGCUGCUUCAGUGGAAUCCCCAGAGACUGAGGGCACAGCCACCGCAGCUUCGGAGCAGGUUCCAGCUGGUGCUGAGGAUGACCGCUAUCAGUCGGCCAUGGCAAUGCUGGACUUGAUCUCCGCUGGCCAGGACAUUGUACCAUCGCCAUCCAAUGAUGUGCAGGCUUCAGCAGAGUCGGCCAAUCGCAGUCUUGGAUUGCUGCAGGGACUUGCUCAGCUCACAGGUCAGUCGAUUGAAGCCGUUGCACAGUACUUUGCUGAGAGUGCUGGCGAUGUCGGUGCACAAGACGUACAGUCUUCACCAGAAGCUUCUUCAGCUAUGUGAUGCGGUUCAUGCAGUGUCUCUGGUGCAGUGGCAACACUGUAUGGCUCGGGGGCCUGUCGUCUAGUCCAGGAUGUUCUCCAAGCAUCAACACUUUAGCAGUGUGUGUGUGUUUGCGUGCGUGUGUGUGUGUUCUAGGCUUUUCGAUUUUGACUUGAUUAGUUUUAGGUGUUGUUGUGUGUCUGCCUCCCUCUAAUUUCUAGUGUUUGGCCGUCGUGCCUUGAGGUAUGUCUAGAUCUUGUUUCUAACAUGUUCUCGCAUGUGUGGUGAGAGAUAGUGAGUUUUCAGAUGAUAAGUUUUCAAGGGCAUUGCACCUGCUUUAUUUAUUUAUUUAACGUUUGGUUCUGUUUUGGGUUUCUCUGUGGUGCUUAUCUGCUAACACAUGUCAACAGUCUAUUGCCAGGAGCCGGUCUCCUGGCAAGAAAGAAUAAAGGUGAUAACGUAUACCUCA